AUCUUUUCUUACUUUGCGACUUAACCAGAUACCCAAACUCUAAAUUCUUUGGAGUUUUGUUGUUGUUGUUGUUGUCGUGGUAAACAUCGAUCUCUAACCCCUGAACGUACUAAACAAACACUCACACGCUCUAACAGCUAUAGUGGAUAUUUCCUUACUUUGACCAUCCCCGGAUUACACAAGAGCUCAGACCACCCGUUCAUCGGAAGUCAGAUACAAGAGAAACAUGGCCCAGGUCUACCGCGAAGCCCGGUACUCCCGGGAUUCUUCUCCUUCGGGCGACGAGGGCUACAGAAGGUCAAGCUCCCGCCGUUACAAGCAGGCGCCGAGCCACAGCCAUGAGAGAGUCUAUGAACGCGAAAUUGACGUUAUCGACGAUGACCGCCAGGGUGCCCGUCUAGACGGCCGCUUCUUUGGUCGUCCCACUGGCGGCGAGCUUGUUCUUGAUCGCAGAGAUGACCGUCUCUAUCCUGACCGGCCACGAUCUACCGCCGGCCAGGGCAGUACCUACGUCGAGCGCCGGUACCGAGAGACGGAGGACUGGGAUGGCGACAACAUCCCGGACCGCGAGCGCACUGUGGUCGAGAAGCGUCUGGUUACCCACGACGACGAUGACUACCACUAUCGUCACGAUUCCAGCCGAACCAGGGACAAUGACGGAUGGGAGCGUCGUUCCUAUUAUGACGCCGAGAGAGAUGCCGAGGUGCGUGUGGAGAGAAAGGUAGAGCGCCGUGAGGACGGCUCCGAGGUCAUCCUGGAGCGCCGGAUUCGUGAACACAUCGAUCACGACCACGGUGCCGACGUCGAGAUCUACCGCAAGGAAACCGAAUACUACGAGCCUGCACCACAACCGCCCAUCGUCAUCCGUCAACGUCCCGCCGAGCAGAGGAUCAUUGUCCAAGAGGCUGCUCCUCCCACGGUGGUCCUCCGUGAGCGCCGCGAUGAUUUUGCUCCCUACGUCGUCGAGGAGACCAAGGAGGAGUACAUCGUCGAGCACAUCGAUGACCACCCCCACAGUCACAGUCACAGUCACAGCCGCCACCGUGACGGUCACCACCACUCCCACUCGCGCUCUCACCACCGCCACGAAGAUGACGAAUACUACACCCGUGUUUCCCGUCGCGACGAGCGUCGCAGCCGCAGCCGCUCCUCCUCCGCCAGCCCCCACCGCAAGCGCCACAUUGCCGAGGGCGCUCUCGCCGGCGCCGGCGUUUCUGCUCUGAUUGCCUCGCGGCGCGACAAGGAAACAGGUGAGGUAGACAAGCACCGCGGGCGCAAGAUCGUCGCGGGCGCUGCUCUAGGCGCCAUAGGCACCGAAGCCGUCCGCCGCGCCCACAGCGCCUACAAGGAACGCCACGAUGACUCGGACGACGAGCGCCACCACCACCGCUCUCGCUCACGCUCUAAUUCGCACUCCCGCAUCAAGACGGGCUUGGGCAUCGCUGCUGUGGCUCUGGCCGCUGCUGGUGCCGCCAAGUACUACGAGUCCAAGAAGGUCGAAAAGGAAGAGGCGGAGCGCGGUCGCUCUGCCCGUCGCUACAGCGAGAGUGACUACUCCCGCUCGCCCAGCCGCAAGCGGUCCAAGUCCCGCGCUGGUUCCGUAGCCAAGGCGGCCCUCGGUACCGCCGCCGCCGUCGGUGUCGUGCAGCACUACCGCCACAAGCGCAGCAAGUCCCGCCAUGGCUCGCGAUCCCGCAGCUCCAGCAGCGAUCGUAGCGGACACCACUCGAAGCUGAAGACCGGAGCCGAGAUUGUCGCCGCUGGCGUAGCCGGUGCCGCAGCCAAGAAGAUGUACGACAAGCACAAGGAAAAGAAGGAGCACUCGCGCUCGCGCUCGCGCCACGUCCCCGACCACUCCCGUGACCGUGAGUACUAUGACGACGACGACGACGACCUCGACCACAAAUACGCUCGCCGCGAACGCGUCUAUAGCAGAAGUAGGAGCAGAAGCCAAGUCCGGUCCGCAUUACCCUCUUCCUCUUCUAAUAAGAAUAACCAUGCCCGAUUCGAGGGGACCGUCGCUGAUGAUCCUGAAUUCUUAGGUUUGGUUGAGUACGGAACGAACCCCGUGCCCGUUCAGAAUGAAGAACGACAACAGCAGUCGCAUAGUAAGAGAAAGGCAGCGCUUGCUACGGCUGGAGCAGCGGCGGUUGCUGCUGCUGCUGCGGCUACGGCAGCGGCAAAGCAUGAAAGACAUAAACGCGAUAAGGAACCACCGCCGACGCCACAGUUACUAUCUGCUGUUGACGACUACGAUGAUAACGGGAUUGCCACGGGGUACGAGUCGGCGGCGGAGGAGCAGAGAGCGAGAAAGGAAGAACGCCGUCGAGAGAGGAGUAUGAGGAGGAGACAGCGAGAGAGGGAGAGAGAUGAGGAGAGAGGUGGUGCGCUGUUGGUCCCGAGAACGAGAGAGGAGGUGGAGGAGGAAGUUGGUUAUUACUCUGAUAGUGAGGAUAGCGAAGCGGAGAGGAUGAGAAGACGCAGGGCGAAGAGUAGGGACUCGAGGAUAGAGAGGGAAAGGAAAGAGAGCAGGAGUCCAGAGAAGAAGCCGGCGAGGAGUAAGAGUCGGUUAGGAAGGCUGGCUGCUGGCGCCGCGGCGGCGGGGGCAGCGGCUAUUGGGAUCAAGAAGAUGGGUGAGAAUAACAAGGAGCAAAAAGAAAAAGAAAGGGAAGAGAAGAAGGAGAAAGAGAGAGAAAGAGAGAAGAGAAGGGAUAGGGAGAUAGAGAGAGAGGAGAGGGAGAUGGGGCUGGAGGAGAGAAGAAGCAGUAGGGAUAGCGAUAGAGAGAGGAUGGAAAGACAACGGGAGAGGGAACUGGAACGUCGACGCUACGAGGAACAAACCGCUCCAUCCGACCCUUAUUACAAGCGGCGGCAACCGUCGCCUCCUCACGCGUCAGGCGGAUAUCCCCCAGUACCUCCUACACCUCCUGCUAUCGCCUCUGCUGCCGCUUCUGUUCCGACAGCUCCACCACCACAACUACAGCCGCAUCGCUUGUCAAAUGGGUUCACGCAGCUUCCGAACAUCAACUUCACUGACGUAAACAAUAUCCAAACACCAUACCCGACGGGGCCGGAGGCGAUGCCGAUGCCUGUACGGGGACCAGCACCAGUUCGACAACAACCGAUCCAGCAACCACAGCAGCGAUAUGAACCAUACAAUCCACGAGAAUACGUUGCUAGCUAUUCUCCACCUCCUCCAGGUCCCGAAGUACCAUCGGUACUUGUCCCGGGCAAAGGCGCUUCAGCUGCCGCUGCAGCACAACCACCUCCCGCUUCUGCUUCCCAGGGAGUCCCUUCCCCGCAAGAUGUUCCCCCAGCACUGAGGGCUCCCCAAGGGGUACCCGCCUCGCUGAUGGUGGGUGCGCCAUCGCAUCUUUCGCAGUCGCAGUCGCAGUCGGUGAUUGGGAGGAACCGUCCUGAAGAAGUGAGUAUCAGAUCUUCUAGAGAUUUGCCAAGGUCUCCUACUACGGGUUUGGGUGAUGAGAGGAUGAGGGAAGGCCGAGAAAAGCGCCACCGCCGCCGCUCGAUGCACAUGUCUAGGUCAAGGCCUAGGCGGUCGAGAGGUGCUGGUGUCGUUGACGUCGGUGCCGAUAGUGGCAGUGGCAGUGGCAUGAUAAGAGAGAAGGAUGGUCUAAGUCUAACCACCGCUCUCCACCCUCCCACACCAACCGACUCUUCCUUUUCCUCUUCUUCUUUCUCAGAACCCGAGUCUCCCCACACCCCAAGUUCUACCCCCAAAGAGAAAUCCGUAACCUUCAUCCCCCUCUCCCCCAAAUCCUCUCAGACCCUCCAGCGCCACCACGAAGAGCAAAUGGCCAAAGAAACCGCCAAGCGCAUAACCUCGGGCUCGGGCGUCGACCCCGAUAAAGAUACCUCUGACAUCUCGGACUUUGAAGACCGUCUCGACAGAGAACUCAACGCUUUGGUGCCCGCUAAAUACCGCUCUUCUUCUUCUUCUUCUACUACCCCUGUCCAUGUUCCUGAAUCUUCCUCCUCCUCCAACGCUUUAUCUCGCCGUGACCGCUCUCCUUCAACCCGUCACAAGGACGACUUCAACACCGACAGCGACGCAACCCUCGAAAUCCUCCCAGACCGAUUCACACCCGACGGCCAACCGUUGGAUUCUCGUGAUCCCCGCGAUGGUAAACUUCAUUCGAGAAGAGGCGAGUUCCUCUACCAUGAUCACCACGGGAACGGACUCAAGCAGAUCGCUGGUACGGGACAGUGGGGUGUCAGCGGGACGGACGCGCAGGCGGUAGACAGGAUCGUGAGGAAGGUGGAGGGGGUGUUGGAGGGUAAAGGAAGUUGGGCGGGGUUGGUCAUGGGGUUGUUGAGUGGACGGUUGAUGGAGGGUAGUGAGGUGGGAGUGGAAAGUUCAAAGCCGAAGAGGAGGAGCAGGAGGAGGUUGGGGAUGGCGAAACUUGGGGUUUAACGGGUGUGAUGUGUGGUGGUGCUGGAUGUCUGACGAGUUGAUGUUGGGUACCUAAGUAUGGUGUUGAUGAUGGAAUGGUUGAUGAUGAUGGACGAAGAUGAUGGAUACCGAUGGGAUGGGAUGGGAUGGGAUGGAAUGGGACGAUGACUGAUGAUGAUUAAUGAUCAUUUUCUUACUUUGUCAUUUCUUUCUUUUCUCUCAGUUUCUUUCUUGCUUUGGAUACUCUUCUUUAUGAUUUUACCUUUUGAUGACUUGCUAUUUAGAUACGACGUUAUGUUUGUUUCCAU